UAUGCUAUUUCAAAACUAGAAUAACAACAACAACAAGCCUCCAGUACCUCCUAGGUUCUAUCCAGGUAAUCCGGCUUUGAAUAAAAAUGCUGAUGGACUUCUUUGUUCUAUUAAUACUGCUUAAAACAAUAUUUAAAUCUCAAGAGCUGAAACUAGAGUAGAGUAUUAUAGAAAUCAAAAACAACCUUCUCAAUCAAUGGCUUAACCUGGAUUUCAAUAAUAAAAUCCACAAGGAAGCCUCUUUGGAGGUGUCCAAUAACCAUAAUAACAAUAAUCGACAUUAUUUGGUUAGUAAGCAACAGCUUAACCAACAUUAUUUGGGCAAUAAUAAACAGGCUUAGGAUUAGGAGGAGGAUUAGGGACAGGAAUGGGAUCUGGAUUAGGAACUGGAUUAGGUGGAGGAUUAGGAGGAGGUUUGGGUCAAUAAUAAUAGACACAACAAAAUCAAACAGGUUUAGGUGCAGGCACUUAAGCAAGUCCAUUUGGUGGAGGCUUAGGAACAGGUUUUGGAGGUGGAUUAGGAACAGGAUUAGGAACUGGAUUAGGAACAGGAUUAGGCACCGGAUUAGGAACUGGAUUAGGAGGAGGAUUAGGAACUGGAUUAGGUACUGGAACACUUGGUGGAGGUUUAUCAGGAGGAUUAGGAUAGAGCACAUUUGCUUAAGGAACAGGAGGAUUAGGCUUAGGAUUAGGAUUUGGAUAAUAACAAUAACAAUAAUAAACUGGAUUACUUGGACUUGGAUAACCAUAAUAAUAAUAAGGAUUAUUAGGUGCCGCUCCUUAAUAAGGUGGCUUAUUAUUAUAAUAGCCUAUGCAACAAUAAUCACAAGGAAUAUUUGGUUAACAUUAACAAUAAGGAUUAGGUUAAUAGAAUUGGGAUAAUAGUCAAAAUGGAGCGAUGGCUUAGGCUCCAAUAAAUUAAUAAGCCUUAUAUAAUCCAGCUUAUCCAGUUUAUUAGCAAUAAUAAAUUGAUAUGAAUAUUGAUUUCGAUAUAAAGAAUGAAUAAGAAUAUUUGAGAGAAGUAGAAGAUGAGUUCAAAAAGAAGUUUCCUACUUUUAGUGAGUAUGCCUAAUAGAAUGAUGUAACUUUUAGUGUGGGGAAUGUAAAUUUGAGAUUCAAGAAUCCUUCUUUAGAAAUAAAAAUAAAAUCAAAAAAUAAUUAAAAAUAAAAGGAAGAAAUUAAGCCAUGGUAUAUGUCUCUAAAAUAGGAGAAAGAUUAAAAAUAAUAUAAAUAAUCUCUCAAUAAAUAAUUUUACAAUAAAAGUAAUAAAAAGGAACUGGAUGAGUAUACAUAACCAAGCCUUGUGUAAAUUAAAUCAGAGGAAUAAUAGUAGGAAAAUAAAGUAAAUCCUAGAGCACCUAAAUGUACUAAAUACAUCUUAAGUCCAAAUAUUUAAAUUCUUUCAGAAAUGAGUGAUAAUCAAUUAACUAGAGUAAGAGAUUUUAAGAUUUAAAAUGAAUAUGGUAGUAUUCAUUUUUUAGAGGCAGUCGAUUUAAAGGAUAUGAAUAUUGAUUAAAUUGUUAAGUUGAAAUAAGAUAGUGUAGAGGUAUUAAUUUUUUUAUUUAAUUUUAGUUUUAUCCAGAAGAUCAAUUUGGUUAAGUUCCUGAAUAUGGGAAAGGAUUAAAUGUUAGAUGCAGAGUUGUUUUAACUAAUUUUGCAUGUGAGAAUAGAGGUAUGUGUGAAAUGAGAAUAAAUAACAAAAAGGAAUUCGAGAAAGUAGUCAAAAGUUGGACGGAAAAGAACAAUAUGAAGUUCAUAUCAGCUGGAGAUGAUGUUGUUUUUGAAUUAGAUCAAUUAUGAUU